CUCCCAACACGGAAAAGGAAUUGCGGUGUUUUUUGUCAAUAUUGUGGGCAUCGAACUGCAGCUAUUUGUGAUGAUCCAAACGUAUUUUCUAUAUGUCUGUGCGAAAAAUAUUUUCUACCGACGUUUUAUUGCAAUAAUUAACCAUCUUGGAUUCGUAUGCUGACCAGUUUGAAACUUUCUAACUCUUGCAUCAGGUGUAUUGUCAUCAUGCAAUCCAAAUACUCAAUCUCGGUAUUCCAGGGUAUACUUUAUUCCUUUGGAUUUCUGACCUGCGUAUCAGCAUGUAGUAAAGAAAGUGAACCUGAAACACCAGACUGGCGAAUGACCUUAAAAACUAUUCGCAACGGGAUUCAUAACAUUGACAAAUACCUCAACGUUGCUCUGGAUUUGUUCGGAGGACAGGAUGGAAUGUGUCACUAUAAAUGCAUUGAUGGUUACAAACCAGAGCCCCGGCCAGGCUACAAACCACCCCCACCCAACGGCUGUGGCUCACCCCUGUUUGGAUUCCAGUUUGACAUGGGAAUCCCGUCCAUGACCAAGUGCUGUAACCAACAUGACCGUUGCUACGACACCUGUAACCGCGAUAAACACGACUGUGACGACGAGUUCCAGGAAUGCCUGGAGACCAUCUGCAGGAAAAUACAGAAGACCUUGGGACUGGCCCAAAGUGUCCUAGCUUGUGAAAAUACGGUGACACUGCUCUUUGAGGCUGUAAUGCAUUUGGGCUGCAAGCCCUACAUGGACAGCCAGAGAGACUCCUGCAUCUGCAAAUAUGAGGUCAAGACGGAUCUCUGAGCUGACACAGAGGGGAUUCUGGGAUUUGGGGGCGGCAGAUAGCCUAGCAGUUCGGGUGUUGGGUUAGUUACCCAGAGGUUGCUAGUUCAAAUGUCCGGCCCCCGAAAAGUAGACAAAUCCAUUAAUCCGCUGUUGAGCAAGGCACUUCGCCAAAAUUUCUACAGGUUUGCCGCUAAUAAUGGGUUGGUUGAUCCUCUGGCCGUGACCCCGCUCUAUGAAGGUGUGUCAGGACGAGCUGGGAUAUGCAAAAUAACAUCAUAUAUGUGUGAUACACCAAUGAACAGGUGUGAAAUAGAGCAAAUGUAAUACUUCUCAGGGUUAAAGCUACUAAAGUUGCGAUGAAUGAAUGUAUGGUUAUCUUUUUUUUUUUCUUCAAAGUAACUUUGUUGUAAUUUUGCAAAACUGUUUCUAUGCAAAAAAAAAUUGUUGGUUACUGAUGUGUAAUUUGUUUAUAAAAAACUAUUUUAUUUAGCACAACAAAAUUCAUAAAAUCUAAUAAGACACUGAAGGAGAAAUGCAUCAUUAUAAGCAAAUAAUGCUACAUUGUAAUGUGCAAGUGUAAGGUGCUACAUUAUGUAGUUCGUCUUAAGUGUUUGUUUGAAUACAUUGUAAUUAUUCAAGAGCAAUUGACAUGUUCUGUUUCUAAAGUGUGCCUUUAUGUGUAUAAUAAGUUAUUAUUAAAAUAUCUAGAAGUUGAACUCCA